AACACUUUCCAAAAUCAAGGGCAUCCUAGAUAUGCACUGUGGUUCAUUCAAGAUUAAUCCUACAAAUUAACGGUCAAUUAUGCAGCAAAAAGCUGCAGAAUAAACUUUAACCAAGUCUUUGUCAAGAUAUUGAGCAAAUUAAGCAACUACUGUACUUUUUGGCAAUCUUCGAUAUAGCAAGAUGAUUAGCAUUAGGAUAAAUGACUUCAAGCUGUCUAACAUAAUGUUUCAUGGUAUUGCCUUCAAUGCACAUGUCUCAAUUUCAAUUGAGCCUGCUAAGAAAACAACCAUGAAUGCACUUGCGGCAACCAACAGAAAUUUUAAGCUCGCAGCGCGGCUUCUGGGGUUGGACUCUAAGCUUGAGAAGAGUCUGCUCAUUCCAUUCAGAGAAAUCAAGGUUGAGUUUACUAUGCUGAAAGACGAUGGAAGUCUGGCAUCUUUUGUUGGGUUCAGGGUUGAUCCAGAUGAAGUGAAUGCCUUAGCACAACUGGUGACAUGGAAGACAGCAGUGGCUAACAUCCACUAUGGUGGGGCUAAAGGCGGGAUAUGCUGUGAUCCCGGCGAGCUUAGCAUCUAUGAGCUUGAACGUCUGACACGAGUUUUCACUCAUAAGAUUCAUGACCUCAUUGGUAUCCUCACAGAUGUUCCAGCACCUGAUAUGGGCACAGGGCCACAGGCUAUGGCAUGAUACUAGAUGAGUACUCAAAAUUCCAUGGAUACUCACCAGCAGUAGUGGCCGGAAAACCUAUAGUAAGUACAUAUGGAGGAUCAAACCCCUAUUUUGGUCCCUGAACUAUUGUACGGACCCCCGAUUUGGUCCCUGAACUAAAGAAAUCACUAAUUU